CAAAACUGCUUUCUAGCCACUGCCUGAGGAUUACACCCAUGGAGUCAUAAGUCUGAGGUUAUACACUCUGCCUAACUUGACAUUCACUCCCCAUGCUGAUGAGAGAAACAGACACGUGCCCAGGGCUUUCGGCUUGUUAAAGAUGGUGUGAGCAGUGUGGGGUUUGAGGCGGGGGUACAUGUCAUGUAGAAAUAGUCUUUGAUAAUAUCUCUAUCGUGUCAGUGUUUUUUAAAUAAAUCUAGUUUCAGAAGAUACAGUGACUUUGGAACUCUUACCAUCCAUAAUCUAAACAAAGUACCCGGAUCUUCAAAUCCCUUAGUAGGGAAAGGCCCUGCUCAACACGUCGCUUUAGGACAACCGCAUGUACACGUGCGACUUUCCCAUACCCUACGUCGGAAACUCCAAAUGAAGCUCCGAUGGAAGGAUAAGAAAAUAAAAUCAUUAAAGGACUAGAUGACAACUAGGGUUUUUUUAAAAUAAUAAAAUAAAAAAGAAUAAAAGAAUAAAAAAUAUUCUCAGAGGCAAAAGGCCUUUCUCUGUAUGAUAGCAAAAAAAAUCAGCAUAAAAGAAAAUACAGCCAGCUGUCAUCUUUCACAGUAUUUAUGUUCUGUAAACUGGCCACUGACGCUGAAUUAGUGAAUCCUGAGUUGUAACCCUUACAGGGAAUACAGGACUAGGUCCCUGGGAGCCUCUGCCCACAUUUUUGUCAACCUAACCGUGUUCCGUGUGUGUUUCUGGUAGAGACACCUUAUUUACUAUAUAUUGUUGAUUUGUUAACAGUGAACUCACAGGCAGCAACUAGAACGAUGCCUGAAUAAAGUGUGCUGAACACAUAUUUUGUCCAGGCGGCCCAUCUCAGCCUGCCUGCACUUAGGAACCGUAGAUGGCACUUGAACACGGUGCUGAAUUUUAAACAGUGAAACUACCAACAAAAAUGCACAAAAUGUGUGCAGUGCAGAAUACAAAGUAGAGGGAAAUGUAAGCAUGCAGACACUUUCUGUUUUCUCUCCUCAGUAGUAUGAAAGGUCAGCAUUUAAUGAGAUUUUGCAAAGGACCUGAUUGUUGAGUACUGGUGCUCACUGCGGUAUCAAAACUCGUCUGCUUUAUUUCUUGCACAUUUACAAUAGUGGGGUGACUAGGCUUGGCGAUGUUCUUGAUUUCCUCAUUAGGGUGAAAUUUCCCUUCUCUAGCAUCUCAGUGUGUGCACUUAGAAAAUUAAUAACUGCAUGUUAUUUGGGAUUUCCACUUCUAUCUUUAAAAAUGAGUACCAUUAGAAAUGAAUUUGGGAUAAACCAGGAGUACCAGGGGUGCUGGAAAGCUUUCAGGAGAUGCUGAGAUUUAAAAAGACCGCAUUUGCCUCAUUAUUACCAGAUGCUCUCUGAACACUUCCUUCUAGCUCUAAUCGUCUAUAAAUCUGUUUUUAUUAGUAUUUUUGAAAUAAUUUUCCCUUUCAUUUCUCUAAAUGUAACCCCUGAGCCAAUAAAAUAAAAUAUCAUUUUUUGAAAAUAUAGCCAUCAUCUCUGUAAUAGUCAGGAUUUCAAUUUUAAAACACUCUGUGGAUUGCAUUUCCCCCAUGAUUGCUCUCAAAUAGUGGGUACUUUUUCUCAUAAGCGUUCUUAGGAACGGUGGCCAUGAGACCUAAAAUAUUUCUAAGACCCUGAUCAUUUACAUGGAAAUAAUAUUAUUUUUUAUUCCCAAACCCUCCGCUGUCUCAGCUGGCAUCAGCAAACCUUAAUUAUGCUUUUAGUGUCUCAUGUAAUUUUGAACAGCACCUAUCAGGGGGAGUUAUUAAAAAAUGUGACGUAUUUCAGAAGCAGCAAACUAAACGUCUUUGAAUAGUGCUAGAUACUUUAGAAAAAUAUCAAGCAUAAAAAUUUAUAGGUAAUUCCAGAAGGUGCAAACAUCAGCUCUUCUUCUCAUAUCCUUAAAUAUUUCAGGAAAGGCACUGGAUGGCGUGUCUGAGAAUUUACCAGGUACUAGACUGUGGAAGGCUUUGUUUCUGGAUGGUGAUUCAUUCAUAAUACUCUCUUCACUGUAAUAUCCGUGAGAGCUGAUGGAUCUGAACCUUUGGGCUGUGUAAACGUUGAAUUACUUGGGACUCUGCCACCAGAGAGUGAAUGUCAAAAAUGGUCUAUCUGAGAAAAGAAUAGUUCUUUCUUGGAGCUGUAUACUGUCAUGUGGGAUCAUUUAAAACCGAGCACUGACAAUAGGGUGGGUGAAAAGAAUUUGAAAUCUUUUUUCAUUCAAAUUAAAAUUUAAAAAUUUUGAACAGCCUUUUUUCUUUAUAUCCAUUUAGAUGUUGUUGGAGGUAGUUCGUUUUAUGUAACCAGUAAGCAGUAAGACUGUCUAGAGAGAUAACAGGAAAACAGAGGCCGUGACGUCUAGAUCUGUAUGUAGUGAAACAUGUAUGUGAAGGUAACUUUUGUAAAGAGACUGGUCACUGUCCUUGGGAUCCUAGGGACCUAUCAUUCCUUGCCACGGGCCAGCUAACAAUUGUGCUAGCAUGCCAUGCCCUGUGGCCAUUACCUUAUUAAAUAUUUAAUAAAUAUUAUCUAUUUUUCCAGUUCCCUUUCCCUCUUCCGUUCUCUAGGGAAAUAUGCAAGAGCUGCCUGAAGGCUCCCGUUUUGUUCCGUGCCUACCUUACACCAUGUUGUGUUCUGUCGUGGCUGUGGGACUGGAAAGUACCUUACAGUGAACAGCCGGGUGCACAGCCUGGGCUGUGACUACUGUGGGCCGUUGGUAGAGAUUGCUCGGAGGAGAGGAUGUGAAGUCAUGGUAUGUGACAACCUUAAUCUCCCCUUUAGGGAUCGGGGCUUCGAUGCCGUCAUCUCCAUAGGAGUUAUACAUCAUUUUUCUACAAAACAAAGAAGAAUCCAAGCAAUAAAAGAAAUGGCCCGAGUCUUGGUUCCUGGAGGCCAGCUGAUGAUUUACGUGUGGGCUAUGGAACAAAAGAACCGGCACUUUGAGAAGCAGGACGUGCUGGUGCCGUGGAACAGGGCGCUGUGUUCCCGGCUGCUCUCCGCAUGCAGCCAGCCCGGGCGGAGGCCGCCGUGUGGACAUCCAGACAGAGGCCACCCCUGCGGCCCUCCUUGCUCCGUGUGUAGCUGUUCUGUUUGUUUCAAGGAGCGACGUGACUCAAAACGCUCCCACAGCCUGGACUGUGAACCUGCUAGGGCUAGAACUUGUUGUGCAAAUGUUUCUAAGGAAGGUGGGGAAGAAAAUGGAUUCUGUAACACCUUAGGAAAAUCUUUUCGUUCAUGGUUUUGCUCCAGAUCUUUGGAUGAGUCAGCUCUGGGGAAACAAAUGGAAAGAGUGAGACCCGUGAAAAACACAGAAGGUUGGGCCACGAGCACUGUAUCCAUCCAGCCUUCCAGACACUCCAGUUUAGACAUAGAGCCCCAAGAGCCAUUCUCACCACGAGAGCAAAACUUAAAUGAGGACGUGUUUGUGGAAACGUCUCCGAAACAUUUGGAGUGGCUGAGAGCACCAGCCGCAGCAAAACACCUAAAUGGGGACCAUCAAGGAGAAAUCGGGAGCAACGGUGACGGGAAUCCUCUGGACAGCACCGACACUAAUGAGAAGUGUGUGCCUUCGGGCAACUUAGAGGAGGGGAACCCUUCUGCGAGUAAAAUACUGAGAAGGAUUUCUGCAGUCGAUCCCACAGAUUCCAUCCCGGACGACACAAUGUCUGUCGAAGGACAAGAGCCAGACGUUUUGGACCCCAGGGCCUUUAUGCGCUACUACCACGUGUUUCGGGAAGGGGAGCUCUGCGGCCUCGUGCGGGAAAACGUGUCCGAGCUGCACAUCCUGAGCUCCGGGAACGACCACGGCAACUGGUGCAUCGUGGCGGAGAAGGAGAGCAGCGGCUGAUCGGCUCGCCUGGGACACCUCCUCCAGAGAUGAGCCGCCAGUUCUUGUCGCUCGGUUUGGGUUGGUUACCUGCGUUUGCAUCCAGUUUUGUUUAUUUUUAACCCAUUUAUGUUUGGUCUGUAGAGAUUAUGAAAUGAUCAUCUUUUUAAUCUUUGGAUAAAAACAGAGCCUGGCACCUGAGGCAUUUGACGAAGGGCAUUUGUGAUGUAAGAGAUCUGAAGAAGUAACAUAAAGUGAACUUCGAUAGAGUUGGGGGGGUUGUCCCCCUGAAAGAUGAAUUAUGAGACUACAUGUAUAUUGUUUUUCAGUAUUAUAAACUUAUUUUAAAAUAUUCUGUUUUUAAGUAUACCUUCUAAAAAUGGCAUUUUUAUAAAGUUAGAGGAGUAACUUGUUUCUCAGAUUAUAUUUUAGACCUGUGUGCCAGAUAACAGGUAAAGCUGGUCCAUCGCACGGGUGGAAAUUGCACCUUGGGAUAAAUUAUGCCAAGGCCUUGCUUCUACUUAAAGUCUUCAGAAAGGUGAGAAACAGUAGAGAGAGAAAAGAAGUGUUACAGGACUUUUCAAAAUGAUUAAGGAAACUUGCUUCAAGAUAAGUAAAUAACAGGUUAUCAGUGUCACCCAGAAGUUUCUUAAGGCACUGUUAGCAUAUAGAGAGUGGACUAUGUGGGUAUUUGAAGUUGGUAUUUUUCUGACCUUAUUACAGACAGGACUAUCCAGUUAUGAUAAGACCAAAUUGACUAGUGAGGAGUUUUCACCUAGAAGGAUGAUUUUCUUAUGGACUGAAAGGAUAUUUAGGAAAUGAGAAUGAAGCUCUGUUUUGGCUCUUAGUAUCAAUAGAUUGUUAAGGGGUAAGAUAUUUGGCUUUGCUGGGAGAUCAGUUGUUGAACUUUUAAAAAUAAUAUCCGGGUAUUUAUCCUUUUGAAAGUAACCACACUUUGUUAAUUAUAUUAGAGAUUUAGUCAGAAUCAAGUUCUAUUAAUUAAAGGUUGAAUUUCUGGCAGUUUACACACAAACCAAUAGGUUGGGCCUUGUGUGGUAACUGCAUACAUAUAGAUUUAACCGUGGGUCUGUUUACAUCCGUGUCAUGGAUCCUGAAGCACAGAUAUACUUAGGACAUGACUAGAGAUAUAAGAGAAGCGCAAGUAAGUUGACCCGGGAAUGUGGCCUCAGUUCCUUAAUGAGGAAUGGACAUUGAACAAAAGCCUUUUUACUUUAUGGGCCAUUGCCAUCCUGGAUGAAAAUCUGAUUCCUGUUUUCCAUUAAAAUUAACCAAAACAGUAAAAGA